AUGUACACAAAGUCCCAAGGAGUGUUCUUCGGUAUAGGCCCGAGUCCUGCAGAUCUUCGCAUACCUGGAGGUCAAAAGCUUAAAUCUACCAAGCUGCAAUUGGCCGAGGAAGAGACCAAACAAGCUUGGCGUGCUAAUGAAGCUCUAAAGGAGCAAGUUGAUGAUAUUCAACACGGUACACAGCUUCGGAUUGAUGCCCUUACGGAAGAACUUAGCCAACUCAAGAAUUUGAUUGUUGGAAAUCUUACUUCACAGGUUAUUCCAGCUGAACGUGCUGAUAGUGUUGGUGAGUCUGUUGCUGUGGAAGAACACAUUGUUUACAAUGUUAAACAAGAGGAACAGAUCCAGCGAGACAUGAUGGAAGCACAGGAAGUAUUUGAAAAGAAGAAACAUGAUCUUUUGAAGAGAAAGAAAGAAGCAGCCAUUCGUGAGCAGAAGGAAGCCGAUCAACUCCAGCAGAAAAAGAAGCAGGAACUAGAGUGUUUGGAGAAGAAAGAGGCUGCAUUGAAGCAGAACAAGGAAGCAGCAGCCCUUCGGCAGAAAAAGAAGCAGGAAUUAGAGCUAUUAGAGAAUAGAGAAUCCGCAUUGAAGCAGAACAAGGCAGCAGCAGACCUCCAACAGAAAAAGAACCACGAAUUAGAGCCAUCCAAGAAUAAAGAAGCCGCAGUGAAGCAGAACAAGGCAGCAGCAGCCCACCAGCAGAAAAAGAAGAACCCAACUCAAGGAAAAGAUGUGAUAUUGUACAAUGGUUAUCAAAACCAUGCUACUCCUGUUGCAAAAGCUACGGUUCUAUCAACUGAUAGAAAGAAAGUGGACGUGGACAUCAUGUGGUUCCGCGACCCGUUCGAGCGGAUGUCAGUGGCGGCGCACAUUCUGGAUGAUGUCUACAUGUAUAUACUACAUGUGUCUUUUGCACUUCUGGGUAUGAUGAAGCUACCUGUGAUCGAGUGA